CACUGCACGGCCACACUGGUGCUCUCUACAAAAAAAGAGGAAACUCUCUGGAAAAAAUCGCGUGAAUAGCCGAUUUAAUUAAGGCAAACAGAAGAAAUAGCAGGUUGCAGCAUUGCGAAAAAGACAAAGGGCGAGCGAACGAGCGAAUAAAAUGGCAAACGCAGACGGGCAGUUCAACUACGGCCAGCAGGGAAAUGGCGAGAACUUCAACGACGACAGCAGCCAGCAGCAGGACGACGAGGACCAGUUCGACGGCGAUGGCGGCGUCAAGAUCGAGAACGUGGGCGAGAGCCCCAAGUUCGUCCGGCUGCGCGGCCUUCCCUGGUCCGCCACGCACAAGGAGAUCCUCGACUUCCUGGAGAACGUGAAUGUGACCAAUGGCUCGGCGGGCAUCCACCUGGUCACCAGUCGCGUCGACGGCAAGAACACCGGCGAGGCCUACGUGGAGGUGGCCAGCCAGGAGGACGUCGAGGAGGCGCGCAAGCUGAACAAGGCCAGCAUGGGCCACCGCUACAUCGAGGUUUUCACCGCCACACCGAAGGAGGCCAAGGAAGCCAUGCGCAAGAUCAGCGGGCACGGCACUGCCUUCGUUGUGAAGCUCCGUGGCCUGCCCUACGCCGUCACCGAACAGCAAAUCGAGGAGUUCUUCUCUGGGUUGGAAAUCAAAACGGAUCGGGAGGGCAUACUUUUUGUUAUGGACAGAAGGGGUCGUGCAACUGGGGAAGCUUUUGUUCAGUUCGAAAGCCAGGACGACACUGAGCAAGCCUUGGGCCGAAAUCGGGAAAAAAUUGGGCACAGGUAUAUUGAGAUUUUCCGCAGCUCAAUUGCUGAAAUGAAAAGGGCCACAGGCGCCGGCGGUGGUGUCGGUGGACGCCCGGGUCCCUAUGAUAUACGUGAUCGCGGAGCCAAUCGUGGUGGCAAUGACUUCGGAGGAGGUCGCAAUGACUGGGGCAACAAUGGCAACUUCGGCGUUGGCGCCAACAACAUGCUGGGCUUCAACAACCUGCCCAGUCUGAUGAACUCGGGCAACUUUGGCAACAACCAGGGUGGAAAUAGUGGCAAUUUCGGUAACAACCCCGGACCCAGCAAUUUCGGCAACUUUGGUGGCGGUAACAAUGGCGGAAACUCCGGCAACUUUGGCAACAACGAUGGCGGUAACGGCGGCAACUUUGGAAACUUUGGCAACAACGGAGGCGGAAACUUUGGCGGCAACAAUGGCGGCGGCGGUGGCUUCAACAGCGGCAACAACUUCAAUUCUCCCGGAGGCGGCAAUAAUUUCGGCAACAAUGGCGGCUCCAAUUUUGGCGGCAACAAUGGCGGAGGCUUCAAUAAUGGCGGCAACUUCGGCUCGUCGUCUGGCGGCGGCAACUUUGGACCGAUCGGCGGUGGCCGCAACAACAACAACAGCGGCAACUUUGGCAACUCCGGCUUUGGCAACUUUGGAGGCGGCAACAACAUGGGCAACGGCGGCAACGGCAACUUUGGAGGCAACAACGGCGGCGGCGGUGGGUUCAACAAUGGCUCCAACUUUGGCGGUGGCAACUCCAUUGGAGGUGGUGGCAAUUUUGGCCCCAUUGGCGGCGGCCGGGGUAACGAUGCCGAGCAUUAUACAAUCCACAUGCGGGGACUUCCGUACACUUCCUUCGAAAAUGAUGUGUUUAAGUUCUUCGAACCCAUUCGACCCGCCAAUGUGCGCAUCAACUACAACAAGAAGGGUCUGCACAGCGGGACCGCUGAUGCCUACUUCGACACCUACGAGGACUCCCAGGUGGCCAUGAAGCGUCACAGAGAGCAGAUGGGCUCGCGCUACAUCGAGCUCUUCUACGACGGCAAGACCCGGGGUGGCAUCAACGGAAACAAUGGCGGCAACGGAGGUGGCAACGGCGGCGGAAUGGGAAUGGGAAACAAUGGCGGCGGCAACGGGGGCGGCAACUUCUCGCGACGCAUCUAAGCUCUUCCAUAGUUUGAUUACAUUGAAAUUAAUGUAGACGCAAGUAUUUCAUAUAUUAUUAUGAUGAAGCUGAAACUGUAAACUGCUAAGGCACCCCCUCCAACCACGUAAACACUUAACAACCCAACAGAUUUCUGACAGAGACAAUUGAUUGGUCAGACUUAGGAAACCAAUUUUCUGAUUGCAAGCCCUUGUAACAUCCAGAAUAAAGAGCACACUUUUAUUUAAGUACUCUAUUCUCUAGAAAUUUCAAUCGUACUAUUUAAGUUUCAAUUAAUAAUUUAGGUUUUUUCUAAAAUAAACUUUUGUUUUUAACAUGAAAACGAA